UUUGUAUUUUAAAUUCUCUUCAGGUUUUAUUUGGUGUUUUUGUACUUUGUAGAGUUGUUUGGAAACUAAUGAUUUUUUCUGAAAUCAAAAUCGUCAUAUACAAGGUAGGUUUAAGAGGAUUUGUGAUGCUAUAAGCAAAUGCUGAUUUCUCUCUAAACCAACUAUAUGAUGGGAGCAGCAAAUUUUGUUGUAUUUUCAAAACAUGCUGUCAAUUUCAAGAAACUAAAUGGGGGCUUUGUAUAUAUUUCUGCUCGCAUCAAUUAUUUCUAUUUUUUUACUCUUCUUUUUUCCUUAAUUGUUUAAUUUUAGGAGACGGGGGAAUCCGUUCUAUUUUGUCUUGAUGCUUGUACUAAGCACCAGUGAUGCACCUUGCCUUCUGAGUUGAAUAUGGAAAAUCCGUAUUUUUGUUAAAUUUAGUGCGUUAACUAUUGAGUUAAACAUAAAUAAGCUCAAUUUCAAUGCUUAAAAUUAUUGUUCCUAUUCGAUUCCUUUCUAAACAUGUCUAAUUAAUCAAGCUGAUGAUCAUCAAAGGCUCCAGCAUAUCAAUUGAUGACUUCCCUUGUAUAUUAAAAAAAAAAACUGUUAAAUUCUUACAAUGUGACUUCUUUUAAGCAUCCUAGGAUAUAAAGUAUGUAUUGUCAUGCCUGUUUUUGUAUUGAAAAAAUAUAAUUUUAUAUACAUAUAAACUUUUAUACUUGGUUCAAUGAGCUCAACACUAUCAGAAAUAUCCAGCAAUUUUUUUCCGGACUCCUCUACUUGUGUUAUGUGCUUUCUCUGAACUUAUGAAAUAACAUGUAAUCUUGACAGGUUUUCAGGUUUUUAGAACCAUGGCAACCAUAAAACUUGAAGCGGCAAAACAGUAUUAUGCUACCAGUAGCCUUAUUGUGGGAUAUGCUCUGUGUUCGAGCUUGCUUGCUGUCAUUAACAAAUUAGCCAUCACAAAAUUCAAUUAUCCUGGUCUCUUAACAGCAUUGCAAUACCUGAUUUGUGCUUCUAGUGUAUGGAUCCUUGGAAAAUUGGGUUUUCUCCACCAUGAUCCUUUCACCAUAGAAAUAGCCAAAAAGUUUUUACCUGCGGCCACUGUCUUCUAUCUUGCUAUAUUCACCAACACGAAUCUCCUCAGGCAUGCUAAUGUUGACACUUUUAUAGUGUUUCGCUCUUUGACACCACUAUUGGUAGCCAUUGCUGACACUGCAUUUAGAAAACAGCCAUGCCCUUCAAAACUCACAUUUUUAUCUCUGGUGAUUAUACUAGGUGGUGCUAUUGGGUAUGUGAUGACUGAUUCAGCUUUCACACUCACUGCAUAUUCGUGGGCUUUUGCUUAUUUGAUCACAAUCACAACAGAGAUGGUCUACAUAAAACACAUGGUGACGAACCUUGGGCUCAACACUUGGGGCUUUGUCUUCUACAAUAAUCUUUUAUCCUUGAUGAUGGUACCAAUAUUUUUGGUGUUGACUGGGGAGUAUGCUGAUGUUUUGACUGCUGUUGGAUUGGGAUCUGGGCCUUGGUUUGAUUUUGGGACAUUUGUUGCAGUUAGCUUGUCCUGUGUGUUUGGCUUGCUCAUCAGUUUCUUUGGUUUUGCCGCAAGGAAAGCUGUCUCGGCUACGGCUUUUACGGUGACAGGUGUUGUGAAUAAGUUCCUCACAGUUGCAAUCAAUGUUCUGAUAUGGGAUAAACAUGCCUCUCCAUUUGGCUUAGUUUGCCUACUUUUCACUCUUGCUGGUGGGAUUCUCUAUCAGCAAUCAGUUACCGGUAGUACAAUGCCUUCAGCACAACAUGAUUCUGCAGUUGCUAAGCAGGCAAAAGAUAUGGCUGGGGACAGUGAUUCUGAUGCUGAGAACCAAAUAUCGAGUAUCUCGCGAAAAGAUUCCAAUUGGGUGUUGCUAGCGAAUCUACCGCAGGGAUAAUGGGCUUCCUCAUGGCGAGCGGGAAAGGAUGCCAGAUCUAAAGCUUAGUGCUUCAAGUAGCAAGCAUGUAAUGAUUUCCAGACAUGGAGCAUUGCACCAAUGGCUUAUUGUGGCACUGGAGACACACACUGGCGGUGGACACCUUGACAUUGCUGAAGCUCGAAUGAAGAAUUUUCAUACACGCAUAAGACAGAUUGGAGCG